AUCGGUAGUUGAAUAAUAUUGAAACUGCGGUCUCUACCACAUCGUCGGGACCUGUCAGAAACACACAUCCACACUGACUUGCUGGAUGGAAAAUGCCUCUUCUGUCAACCGAGUAAAAUCUAGCCGACUGGGCCCAUAUUUGCGGUUAUUUGCUUUCCUUGCUCUCAUACACACAGUACUCCCCCCCUCAGAACAUGCCCGCGUGUACAGACUAUACGGGCUUUUGAUACACACCUGAGCCAUGUCGACCUCUCUUCCCCAACGGCAGCCCGAAGGCAAAAAGAGACAGCGGGUCUCCAUCGCCUGCCUCGCGUGCCGGCAGAGACGCAUGCGAUGCGAUGGACAGCAGCCCAUCUGUGGCUCUUGUACGAGGAGAGGCACCGAGUGUGAGUUCCAGCAUGCGGACAAUAAACGCCGACCACCCAGCAAGAAAUACGUAGAAUCCCUGCAAGCCCGGAUCAGACAUCUAGAAGCCCAAGUCGUCGCCCUAGGCUCCCAGCCGGCCUCCGGCGACCUCGCCGCCGAGACCACCGAAGACCACGACCCGCAAGACGACAGCGCCGGCGACGACAACGAUGACGGAGGCGGUCCCCUCUCGGACCUCACCGGCCUUGUCGGCCGCCUCAACGUGACCGAGGACGGCCAGCUGCACUACUUCGGCUCCCAGUCCUCCUACAACCUCGUCCACGAACAACCGCGCGACUCAGCCACGGACCCGCGUGAGCCCUCCCUCAAGAUGCAGCGUCAGGGACUCCUCGCGGCCGCGCAGCUGGGUAAGAUGGUCACCGUCCCAGACGAACUGCAAGCCCACCUCCUCGAGCUCUACUGGCGCUGGCAGAACCCGUGGAACUACGUCAUCCACAAGAGCGCCUUUUUGCGGAGCUACCGCGGCGAGGAUGACGGGACGUAUUGUUCGCCGUUGUUGUUGUGUUCCAUCUUUGCUAUUGCGGCGCGGUAUUCUGAUCGUCCUGAGCUGCGGUCCGUGCCGGAUGAUCCUAGUACCGCUGGGGAUGCGUUUGGUGAGCACGCCAAGAUUCUGCUCCUGUAUGAGAGUGAGGCGCCGACGAUUACGACGGUGCAGGCUGCCUGUCUUCUCGCGCUGAGGAUCAUGUCGGAUGGCAAGGAGGCUUUGGGGUGGCUAUACUCUGGAAACGCAACGAGAAUGGCACAUAACCUUGGGCUCCAUCUUGAUUGUUCCAAAUGGGCCACUGCCGGUCUGCUCACCGAAGAAGAGGCCGAGGCGCGGAAAGUGACGUGGUGGGGAUGUUAUGUCGUCGAUAAGCUCUUUUCAACUGGGCUGGGCCGGCCAAGUAGCACGCCAAAAUCCACCAUCUCUUGCCCAAAACCUAGCAUCGAUAGCAACGAAGAGUAUACUCCAUGGCUACCGACGUCAAACAGGCUGGGCUCCGAAAAGUCUCUCGGGGUCCAUUCACACAUCUCAUCAACAGCUUGCCAUGUAUCAGAGACGUUUACCAUUGCUUGCGAAUCAAUGGACAUAAUAUAUGCCGCCAACAGCAAACUCUCGACACGAGAAAUUGAGGACGUCGUCAGCAAAACUGACGUGCAGUUGCGGACACACUACAGAGAGCUGCCGAGCUACCUUCGCUUGCCGGCCUCGCCCAAGGUCCCAAUGCUUCCUCACGUUUGUCUUUUCCACAUUCAAUAUCAUGCACACUUAAUCCUCUUACAUAGACCGCUCGUUCAUAAGCGAAAGAGACGUUCGGUCAGCGUGAAUACGCCAACCGAUGACGGUAGCAUCGAUGGAGAUGGAUACGACAACCAGCACAUGGCAACAUGCCGUCACUCGGCGGCUGAGAUUUCGAGGUUGCUGCGCAUCUAUAAGCAGCAAUACACGCUGCGGCGUAUCCCCAUUGCUGCAGUCCACCUGUGCUUCUCGGCCGUGGUAAUCCACCUAAUUGAUGCCCGGCCAUCGAAUCCCAACCGGCAGCAGGCGAUACGGCACUUACAGACGUGCGUUGAUGCUCUGCGAGAUUUGCGGACAGCGUGGUGCGCGUGGAGCGACAGGGCCUUGCGAGCGGCGCGGCUCUUGGCGAGAGAGUGGUACCAGUGUGAAGAUGUCUCACUGUUGCAGCAUUGGGGUGGACUUAGCGGGGUCGAGGGCAGCAUUUCUGGACCAACGGCAAACGCAGCAGCAGCAGCAGCCGCCGCCGCCGCUACGGGAGUUAAUACCGUCGGUAUCCCGAACACAAAUGACCAACAGCAACAAAACCAGCACCAGCCGUAUCAACAAGGUGGGACUGCGGACGCGGACAGAAUGAUGGGUCAAGGACAGACAACGGAUGGCGACGUUCAGGGUGAUCCUCUGGCUUUUCUUUUUGACGUGGCCACGCCUGACCAGUACACGGAUAGUCUGGUGAAGGAAUGGCUGGCGGAGAGUGGUUACGAUGUUUUGAAUACGGUCGUCGAGUGAAGUCGAUGAGUAAUCUUAGCGGGCGUCUUUGGUGUGUUCGAAUGUCUCGGUAUAUCUCGCCCUUUGUGUGGAGAGCCUUGGAGGGAGAUGGAUGCUUUUGCUUUCUCUAGCUUGUCAGUGUGUAUCAGCGUUUUGCCUAUCGCUAAGAAGACGAAUACUUAGCAGUGACUACGGUAGGUAUACUCGAUCAAGCAUGUCGCGUCAAGGGGUCAAUACGGCAUUUCCAAGUCGCAGCAACGCCGAGUCCAGCUGAAUGACUCGUGUUAUAUGGGCUAGUCCAAGCCGUCUGACGCAAGAGAGGG